CAAAAUGCAGCCAGGGGCCAGUGGACGCUUAUCUAACCUUGAUCGAAAUGCAGUUGAGAAAAACCGAAGAUUGCAAACCAAAGAUCUCAAUUCCAAGCUUGCUUCUCUCAUCCCUAACCAACCCUCAAAGGAAAUAUUGCCUUUGCGUGAUAUGUUAGAGCAAGCCACCAACUAUGUAGUGGAGCUGAAACAAAAUGCGGAGGAGCUGAAGCGGAGGAAGGUGGAGCUGGAAGGCGAUAAUAAGGUUGGUUCUCAAGAUGAGAGGUUACCGGUUUUGACGAUACGAGACAUGGAUUCUAUUUUGGAGGUGAAUUUGAUUACUGGGUUGAACAACAACUUGAAGUUACAUGAAGUUUUGAGUGUUCUCAAGGAAGAAGGAGUUGAAGUUGAAAGUGCUAGUUACUCUUCUGUGGGAAACCAGACCUUCUACACAAUUCAUGGCAAGGUUUUAUAUUCAAGAAUUGGGAUAGAGACUUCAAGAGUGCAUGAAAGAUUGAAGAGACUUAUUCAUUGA